AUGUACUAUUUUGUCCCCAGCCAGGCUACAGAUCUUCAGAAAACCAUCGGAAAAUCAGUAAUGGCUUCAAUUAACACUCACAUUCAAAUUCUCACUCUCGUUCUCUUCUUCACAUUCGUUUUCUGUAUAAACAAAGUGUUCUCUGCAGAUCCGCCGGAAAAUUCCGCCAGUUCAUCUCAACAUCCUCCGGCCGACGCACUCUCGCCUCCACCAGACCUAUCUCCUGCAACACCAUUGCAAUCGCCAUCUCCUGCCCCUUCAGCCUCACUUUCUCCCCCUCCGGGGCCUCCGCCAUCAGGUCUCUCUCCAGCGCUGUCUCCGACAUUAACCAAUUCUUCUGCUCCUCACAAGUCUCCAACUCCGGCACCCGCACCGUCUGUAGCAGGCGACGCAGAGGUAAAUGCGAGUAAUGUGGAGUCGGAGCCGGACUCCUCCUCCGGCGGGUUGAACAGCGGACAGAAAGCUGGUGUGGCAGUGGCAGUUGUCGCCAGCGCGUGUAUCGUUGGGGUCGGCGCGUUGGUCUACAAGAAGCGCCAGCAGAAUGUGCGCCGCUCGCAGUACGGGAGGUUUGGUUCUGGUAGCUUCCAAUUUGAUAAUUAUUGGGUCGAUAUGGUUCAUGGGUUAAGCAACCAACCCAAAUAG